AUGUCUUUGACGCGCGUCGCCGCCCGGGUGCCUCGGGCGGUGCGGGCGCCCGUGGCGCCGGUGCGGGCGGCGCGGCCCGGGCUCGACAAGCUCCGGCCAGCCAGAGGCUGGUCCGCGCCUCCCGCCUGGGGCGCCUGUGCUUUCGUCGCCGCACAGCAGCGCCGCCGGCGCCACAGCAGCAAUUCGGCGGCAGUUCGGGCGGCGCCGAUCUCGCCGCCGGAGAUCUUCCGGAAGGACUACCAGGAGCCCAGCUGCUGGAUCCGCGAGGCCCGGCUCACGGUGCGCAUCUUCGAGCAGCGCACCGAGGUGCGGAGCCGCCUGCGCCUGGAGCGCGCGGAGUCGAGGGGCGAGGGCCUGGCGCUGGAUGGGGAGGAGCUGAGGCUGAAGCGGGUGGUCCUGGCAGGCCAGGAGCUAAAAGACGGCGAGGACUACAAUGUCACGGGGGAGAAGUUGGUGAUCUCUGCCGCGGCUUUGGAUGCGGCGGAUGCGCCGGAGGAGGACAUUUGGCUUGAGACGGAGGUGGAAAUCAAGCCGGAGGAGAACACACAGCUGUCAGGCCUGUACUACAGCGGCAGCAUGUACUGCAGCCAGAUGGAGGCUGAGGGUUUCCGAAGGUUCACAUACUACUUGGACCGCCCGGACGUCAUGUCCAAAUUCACCUCCGUGCGCAUCGAGGCGGAUGAGGAUCGGUGCCCCAUCCUGCUGAGCAAUGGCAACCGCAUCGCCACGGGCAAGCUGCCGGAGGGGAGGCACUUCGCUGAAUGGUCAGAUCCCUUUGCGAAGCCCUGCUACCUUUUCGCAUUGGUGGCGGGGGAUUUGGCAUCUAUCCAGGACAAGUUUGAAACUGCAUCAGGUCGCGAGGUGCAUUUGGAGGUCUUCGCCGCCAGGGAGGACAAGGACCAGCUCUGGCACGCCAUGCGGUCCUUGCAGCACGCCAUGCGCUGGGACGAGGAGCGUUUCGGCCUCGAGUACGACCUGGACAUAUACAACAUCGUGGCGGUGAGGGACUUCAACAUGGGGGCCAUGGAAAAUAAGAGCCUGAACGUGUUCAACACCUCGCUGACGCUAGCGCGGGAAGAUACCGCCACGGAUGACGACUACGAGAGCAUUGAAGGGGUUAUCGGGCACGAGUACUUCCACAACUGGACGGGCAAUCGGGUGACGUGCAGGGAUUGGUUCCAACUGACGCUGAAAGAAGGUCUCACGGUGUACAGAGAUCAGGAGUUCUCCUCAGACAUGGGCUCCCGAGCGCGCAAGCGUAUUGAAGAUGUGCGCAUCCUGCGCUCAUACCAGUUCCCGGAGGACAGCGGACCUAUGGCACACCCGAUCCGCCCGGAGAAGUAUGCGGCCAUCGAUAAUUUCUAUACGGCCACAGUCUACGAGAAGGGAGCUGAGGUCAUCCGCAUGUAUGAGACUCUGCUGAGCCGCGAUGGCUUCAGAAAGGGCAUGGACCUUUACUUCCAGCGCCACGAUGGCACUGCAGUGACCUGCGAUGACUUCCGGGCCGCCAUGCAGGACGCCAAUGGCCGAGACCUCUCGCAGUUCGAGCGGUGGUACUCCCAGGCGGGCACGCCGCUGGUGAAGGCCGCAGACAGCUGGGACCCGGAGCAGGGGAUCUACACCUUGACGCUGAAGCAGUCUGUCCCCGCCACUGCAGACGACAGCGGCACGCUGCCCAUGCCAAUCCCAGUCCGGCUUGGGCUCCUGGACCGAGCCACGGGGAAAGAGCUCGUGCCGGACACGGUGCUUGAGCUUCUUGAGGAGGAGCACUCCUUUGAGCUCCCGGUGGCCGCCGAGGAGAAGCCGGUGCCGUCGCUGCUGCGGGGCUUCUCUGCGCCCGUGCAGCUGCAGUACGAUUACAGUGACAAGGACCUUGCUUUGCUUGCCGCCUUCGACACGGAUUCCUUCAACCGCUGGGAGUCCAUGCAACGUCUUGGCACCAAAGCUGUGCUGGAUGCACUGGCGGCAGAGGAUCUUGAAUCCUUUCAUGUUGAGGGCGCCUUCAUGAACGCCCUGCGCAGAACCGUGCAAGACAGGGAGACGGAAGACUUGUCCCUGAUCGCUUAUGCGCUGAUCCUGCCAAGCGAGUCGACCCUCAUUCAGCUGGCGCAGCCGCCCAUCGACCCUAUGCGCCUCCACGCGGCCAGGAAUCGAGUUCGGAAGCUGAUCGCCGCAGAAGCUGCUGAAGACUUGAGAGAGCGCUAUGAGGAGCUGACGCCAGAAGAAGGCGAGACCUACACCAUCGACGGGCCCAACGCCAGCCGGCGCCGGCUCCGCAACGUGCUGCUGGCGUACCUCGCUGCACCCGGAACCGCAGAGGCGGCAGCGCGGUGCGGCGCACACUUUCGGAGCGCACGAGGUAUGACGGACAAGGAGGCAGCCUUCAGCCUCCUCUGCUCCAUGCCGGACUCGGCGGAGGCCAAGGAGGCCGUGGAGGUGUUCCUGGCGGAAGCCAAAGGCGACGCCAACGUCAUCGACAAGUGGUUUGCUUCGCAGGCAAGGGCCGAUGUAGAUGACCUGCUGCCACGGGUGAGGCAGUUGAUGGAGCACCCAGAGUUCACCCUCAAGAAUCCAAAUCGCCUGCGCUCGGUGGUCAGCGUCUUCAUCGGUAGCCCGCAGUUCCACCUUGCGGAUGGCUCCGGCUACGACUUCGCCCUGGAGAUGAUACCCAAGGUGGACGGCCUGAACCCCCAGGUGGCGGCGGGCAUGGCCAACGGCGCCUUCCGGACCUGGCGAAAGUUGGACCAAGACCGGCAGGAGCUGAUCCGCGAGAGGCUGAAGGCCCUGCAGAAGAUGAGCCUCUCCAAAGACACGGCGGAGAUUGUGUCGAAGAUGCAAGGCAUCUCGGAGAAGGGCACGGGCAUCAGCUACGAGACCUCCAACCCCUACGUGGCCUGCAGCUCGGACUCCUCUGAGGAGGGUGGCCCCUGCACCGGCCUGUCCGACUAUCCCAAUGCCACCAUCACGGACUACGGCUCCAUCAGCGGCGCGGAUGCCAUGCCACUCGGUCUGAAGCCAAGCCAAGGCAUCGCGACGGACGAGGGCGAGUCCGUGGACCAUGUGGUCUCUGUGGUGGGCUGGGGCACCGACAAGCAGAAGGGCAUGCGCCUGUACUGGAUCGUGCGUAACUGGGGUGAGUUCUGGGGUGAGAUGGGCUACGGGUGGCCAAGGGAGCAGUGCUCCUGGGCGGUGCCCGGCUCCUUCACCGCGGAGGAGAAGGACAACCAGGCAACUGGCCGCAAGCUGAGCGCCCAGUCUGACUUCCUGCAGGUGGAAGAGCAGAGGUCCGGCGCCAGCCAGGAGCACAGAACGCGGAUGGAGAGCUACAAGUCUCUGCGGCAGAAUAUCCAAGACCUGGCGAGCAAGGCCGACCCUGGCGAGGGCGCAGGCAUGAAAAUGUACGUGGACACAGUGAAGAACCUGCUGAACAACUCCAUGAUUCAGGCGAUCCGCUCGCAGUUCGCAGCGGAUGAGACCAUCCUGAAGAAUGCCGUGUCCAGCUUCGGCCUCUGCAACGACACGCUGGAGGGAGCCUUGAGCCACCCCAACGCCGUGCGCGCGGGCGGCCACGGCAGCCUGUACAAGGGCCUCUCCACACUCAAGGUGAAGCACAAUGACUGCCGCGGACGUCAAGAGGCUAAGAAGAUCGAGUAUGACAUGUGCAUGGACACGAAAGAGAACCAUGGGCAGCUCAUGAACGCCUCCUGCGAUGGCAACUUCUCCAAGUUCUACAACAAAGCUGGCUCCGGCACCACGGGCCAGUGGGAGGAGACGUGCGAUACCAAGCAGACCAUCUACAAGCAGAAUCCUCCUGCAGACAUCGCGCUGAUCCACCAGCCGCUUUGCGUUUUGAUUUUGGGUCACGCGGAAAGCGACGCGGAUUUCGGGUCGCCGUUCGGCUCCCUGGGCCGACUCGGCCGCAUGGCCUGGGAAGACUGCGGGGAGGAUGUGUGCCUCUUCCCCUGCGAGGACCUGGGGGAGGUGGCGGACUGUAGCGGGGAGGCCCUGCGCGGCAGCUGCAUCCAGGUGGGCGCCUUCCGCGUGAAGCUGCUGCUGGCGCAGACUUGCGCGGACCAGCUGCAGCCGGAGGACCUGGGCCUAAGGAUCUGGCCCGGCACUCAUGCUAUGGCGUGGCUCCUGUUGCAGUUGGAGCGCCAGGACCAGCUGAAGCAGCGCUCCGUGCUGGACGUGGGCUGCGGCAGCGGCUUGGUGGGGCUGCUGGCGGCCCAGGGCGGAGCAGGGCCGGUGACGCUCAGCGACCGCCCGGGCCGCGCGCUGGACCUGGCCAGGAAGAAUGCGCAACUGAACCCUCCGGCGGUGGAGGUGAAAGCGUUGGCCUGGGGGCCGGAGGCCGUUGAUGAGCUGCCAGACUCCGUGUUCGACCUGCUGCUGCUGUCGGAGGUUCUCUACGUGGCACAGCCCACCUGUGUUCCCUGGAGCCUCGAGGAGGCGGACGUGGAGGCGCUGGCGCAGCUCACGAAGGCCAAGCUCAGUGAGGCGGGCCACGCCUGGGUGACCUACGGCAACCGGGAAGCAGGCGGCGCGGAGCAGUUCGCGGCGGCGGCGGAGAGGGCGGGGCUCCGCUGCGAGGAGCGCGCGCUGGCGGAGGUGGUGCCGCCCGAGCGCCUGGAGGGGCCGCAGAGCGCGGCCCUGCGCCGGGUCCGCGUCUUCCACCUGCAGCACGCCUGCUACCUGAUUGAGCAGUUCGACUACUUCAGCACCCUCGUGGCUGACUACGAGUAUGCCGAGAAGCUCUGCUUCAAUCGGACCAGGGACUUCGAAGACACGCGGGACCGCUGCGAGAAGUUGUUCAAGGAGCACGGCGACCUCACGGCAGAGUGCGACAACUUCCAGGACACGCUGGAUGCGGAAGCCUGCACGCAACAGAGCUGCAGAGGGGCCCACGGAAAUGCAGCUUGUCGAGCCAUGGAGCCGGGGGCCUUCGGGUUCCGCUCGCGGCGCGCCCCGGUCUUUGGGAAGCGGGGCAUGGUGGCCACCAGUCAGCCCCUCGCCAGCGAGGCGGGGCUGCGGGUGCUGCAGCAGGGCGGCACGGCGGCGGACGCCUGCGUGGCGGCGGCGGCGGCGCUGAACGUCACGGAGCCCUGCAACACCGGGCUGGGCGGGGAUGCCUUUGCGCUCUUCUUCAAUGCCAAGACGAAAAAGGUGGAGUGCCUCCAGGGCUGCGGGCGGUCACCGGCAGCGCUGACCCUGGAGGCCGUGAAGGCCCACCCCGACGUGGCAGGCAAGGGCGAGCUGCCGCCGCUCAGCGCCUUGUGCGUCACCGUGCCGGGGGCGGCCAGCGCCUGGGACGCGGCCAGCCGGCGCUGGGGGGCCCUGCCGCUGAGGCAGGCCUUGGCCCCCGCCGUGGAGCUGGCGGAGCAGGGCUUUCCCGUGGCGCCGGGCGCGGCGCACGUCUGGGCCGACAGCGAGGGAGUGCUGCGCUCGGCGGCCGCGGCCGGCAGCGGCCGAGCCAGCCCCUACCUGCCGAAGGGCACGACGCCCAAAGCCGGGGAGAUCUUCAGGAACCCCGAGCUUGCGGCCACGCUGCGGCUCUUGGGCGAGCACGGCGCCAAGGAGGGGUUCUAUAAGGGCCGCGUGGCCGCGGAGAUCGUGAAAGCCCUCAAGUCUCGAGGGGGCCUCAUGGCGGAAAGUGACCUGGCCAACCAUGAGACGCUCUUCGUGGAGCCGGUGAGCACCAGCUACCGAAACCGCCUGCGGCUCUGGGAGUGCCCACCACCCACGCAGGGCGUCACGGCCUUGAUGGCGCUGAACCUCUUGGAGCGGCUGCCGCCCUUCCCGCGGCAGAGCGCUGCGGCGCUGCACGCGCAGGCGGAGGCGCUGCGCUUUGCCUUUGCGGACGCCUUGCAGUUCUGCGCGGACCCCUCCCAUGGCGGAUCAGUGGAGCCGCUGCUGAGCAAGGACCGCGCCGCGGCUCGCUGGGAGAAACUGUUCUGUCCCACCAGCCGCGCGGCGCAGGUCGCACCAGACUCGGGCCUCCGCGCGGGUCCCGACACGGAGAACAUGCGGGACUUCUCGCGCAUCGGAACCUCCGCACGCGAGCGGCCGCUGCUGCCUGGAAUGGAGCUGGCCGCCAAUGGAAGCGACGGAAGCGAGGAGAAAGAGCUCAGGCGGAAGAACGUGAAAGCCAUGUUUGCGUUCCAGCUCCUGCUGUCCUUGGCCUGGGGAAUGGCCAUGGGCCCCAUCUUCGACAAGUACCUCUUCUUGAUGGGCUCCGGGCUGGCCCAGGGGCCGCGCCUCUUCCCCGUGAGCAAGGCCAACAGCUUGGUGGGCAUGGCCGAGAGCAUCUCGGGGCUGACCAGCCUGGUGGUGGCCCUCCCAGUGGGCUACGUGGUCGACCGGCGACCGGACCAGAGGGCGCGGUUGCUGCGGAUGUCUGCUGCGGUGGCGAUGCUGGGCCUUCUCUUGGCCAUCGCGGCCUUGGCCAGCGAUGAGCUGCUGGUGCUCGGG